UGUGUGCUUGGUGUCUCAGGUUUUGUGUGUGCUUGGUGUCUCAGGUUUUGUGUGUGUUUGGUGACUCAGGUUUUGUGUGUGUUUGGUGUCUCAUUUAUUGUGUUUAUAAAUAGACCUUUUAUAAAUUAUGAAAUAUUGAAGAAUCACCUGAAGAGCAUAUAUGUGAUAUACUUGAUAUUUACAGGGUAUGCUGUGACAUCUUUUUUCACAUUGAGUUAUUAAUAUGAAUAUGUAUUUUUUAGGUCUUCUUUGUGCAUUAUGAGAGACCAGACCAAAACUACUCUAGAUUGGCUCCCAGCUUGUUUUAAAGUCCUGAAAAUUUCAAGAACCCAUGUAUCUGGCUUCAUCACCAACAAAGCUGACCUCAGCACUGUACUAGAAUGCCACAAGAGAGAAACACUGAUAUCAUUUGUUGCUUGGUCUGAUGAUAAAAGAAAGAAAGAACAGGGGCCACAUCGUCUGGUUUGGCAGGUGGAAGAUUUGUCUGAGAAUGUUCCUCUUGCUGUUACGAACAGAGUAAUUCAUUGUUGUCAGCAUGGCAAUCCACGAAAUAAUUGCAAAAAUCUGGAGCUCUCUACAGAACAUGAGCAUGUAUACUCUGGCAAAAGGAAAAGAAUGUACAUACAAACGACCAAAAAAGUUGGGUGCACAGCCAAACUUUUUAUUAGGUACAUUAGAAGAUUCGAUAAAUUCAGUGUUGAAAAAGGAGCUUUAAAGAAGAGGAAACAAAUCAUCAUGGACACUCUCAAAACCGCUCUACAGAAAAAUGAAGCAGAGUCAUCUGAAAUAAUUCACAUCAGCUUACCACUUGAGACAGCCCACCAGCACCACAAGAUUUCAGCAGAAAGCGGAUACACAAGAAAUAUCCACCCUCUUGUGAAGAAGAAAAUUCAAGAAAAAUGCUCAGAGGCCCAAAUCAUAGACAUUAAAACAUCAUCCCAAGAUGGUGAUUGUGUCAGUGAAGAUAAGCCUACCAUGCUGAACACAUUUUUAUUUGUACAUCAGUCCCAAGAACAGCAGAGACUUCUGAAACGAUACGGAGACAUGGUUCUCCUGGAUGCCACAUACAGAACAACAAAAUAUGCCUUGCCACUUUUUUUAGUAGUUGUCAGGACAAAUGUUGGCUACAAACCUGUUGCAGAGUUCAUCUGUGAAAAUGAGUCCAUAAUUGCAAUCUCUGAGGCCUUGUCCUUGAUAAAAAAUGGAAUGAUGCCUGGAAUCCAAAAUAUUUCAUGACUGAUUACUGCGAACAAGAAUA